AUGGAUACCGUUGCCCUGUCUCAGCGUCUUCGUAACUUUUGUUUGCCCGGCCCUGGGUGGGCCACCCGCCACCACGCCUGCCGCCGGCGUUUCAGGAAGAGCUCGGUUUCUUGGCCGUCGCUGUUCUAUCAGGAUUACGGGAUACCGGACGAGAAGGAGACACCGGAGACUGCUGCUCCGAAUACCGGCGGUGGAUCUAAUGAAGAGGAUAUGCCGAUGGUGGUGAAGAAGCCAGAGAGAAAACAUAGCAAGCGUGUACGACCGGCGGCGCCGAGAGUCUCAGUGAAAAAACAGAGAGUUCCGAUUGCUCUACCGAACGAUGAGAUUGUAAAGGAUUUCGUCGCCAUCACCGGAAAGAGGCCGGUGAGGAAACCUCAGAAGAGAAAGAAGGUCGUUCAGAAAAAGCUCGAUUAUCUUUUUCCGGGUUCGGGUUUGGGUCCUAUUAUUAUGAGUCUCUACAAAAGAUAG